AUGCAGAAGAUUAGCUUCUACGACGUGGCACCACCAAUCGGUGGUGCCUACACCUACCUCGGAGUGACCGCCACCGCCGCUGGGUUCGGCUUCGCAUCCCAUUCCGAGCCUCGCGGUCACAACGCCACCACCACCACCACCUCCUCCACCACCACCACCGCGAACUCAGCCAACGCUCAGCAAGAAGAACAGCAGCAGCAGCAGCACCAUCAGCUGUCCUUGAUGGCUCCCGACAGCCCAUAUUACGUGUCCGCGUGCUCCCUGCAAGAGGACAAUCACUCGGCCGAGGUGGAGUUUGAUGAGUUCGACCUCCCGCCCGGGUGCGUAGCCAAACUGCAACUGGGAAUGCGGCCGUGCGACCUGCAGCUGCACCUGCAGCAGCAUCAGCUGCAGAUGCAGCAACAGGAGCCCAUGUCUCCGUCGUCAAGUUCCGAUGGCGAUGGAAAUCCGCGGAAGCCGCCAGUCGGGAGCGCUGCCUCGCGCGGCCCGUGUAGGCCCUGCACGACGGCUGCCGCGGAUUUCACGCAGCAGAUCUUCCCCUGGAUGAAAGAGUCGAGGCAGAGCUGCAAGCACAAGGGCAAGGGUUCGUCUCCCGUUGCAGGUCCCGACACCGCGGGCGCCAAUGACAAAACCUCUUCCUCCUCCUCCACCCCCUCCUCCUCCUCCACCACCUCUUCGUCCACCACCUCUUCGUCCACCGCCGCAGCGGCUGCGUCCAAGCGAGCGCGCACAGCCUACACGAGCUCCCAGCUGGUAGAGCUGGAGAAGGAGUUCCACUUCAACCGCUACCUCUGCCGCCCGCGACGCAUCGAGAUGGCCAACCUGCUGAGCCUCACGGAGCGCCAGAUCAAGAUCUGGUUCCAGAACCGGCGCAUGAAGUUCAAGAAGGACCAGAAGGUCAAGGGUUUCAGCGGUGGCUGUGUUGGUGUUGGUCCACUCUCGCCGUCGUGUGUCGGUGUGGGUGGUGGUGGUGGUGGUGUUGUGGGUUUGGGUGUGAGGCUGUCACCCCCUCGUACGUCACCGCUGGGGGGUCUGCCCGCCUCGUGCCACUUUGCCCUGGGGGGAGGGGGUCACCCGCUGCACACCUUCGACCACCGCUCGUCCCCACACUUUUUCGGCAAGAGCCACGAGACCGCUGGCAGCGCCGCCGCCGCCUUCGUGAUGUCUCCCGGCUUCGUGGCUCACGUGGGCGACGGUGGUGGUGGCGGUGGUGGUGGUGGCGGCGGUGGUGGUGGUGGUGGAUCUCCAUCAUCGCCAUCGUCGUCUUCGUCGUCGUCGCUGAUGCUCAGACGAGGUUACUCGGGCGGUAGUGGCGGUGGUGGCGGUGGCGGUGGUGGCGGUGGUGGCGGCGAUGCCCCCAAAGGUCUCGUCAAGGGCCACGACUUCACGGCGCACACCGCCCGAGGGUUCGACGGGUGUCUGGGUGGUCGCUACCAACUCCAGCUGCCCGUCGCUGCGCACGGGGCCGCCAUGUACGCGGCCAUCGACCAGUACGUCAGUCACCACCACCAACAACAACAGCAGCACCAACAACAACAACACCACCAACAGCAACAACAACACCACCAACAGCACCACCACCAACAGCAACAACAGCAGCAGCAGCUGGAAGUUGCGAGCGCCAACAGACUGAUGGUUUGCGGGACGGACUUUGGUUCUCAGGGUGCCGUGACCCCCUUUGGGUUCGGGGGGGAGGAGGCCCCCUGCGACGGCGAGGGGGUCUACCCCCCACUCGGGGUCCUGGGGCAGGGGGUGCCAGGGGGUCACGGGGUCAUUCCAGACGUUCCGCGGCUGACACAUUUGUAGCUGAUGGUGAUGAUGUUGCUGAUGAUGAUGGUGAUGCUGCUGCUGAUGAUGAUGAUGCUGCUAAUGAUCAUGCUGCUGCUGAUGCUGUUGCUGCUGAUGAUGCUGUUGUUGCUGCUGCUGAUGAUGAUGUUGCUGCUGCAGAUGAUGAUGAUGCUGAUGAUGAUGCUGCUGUUUAUGCUGAUGAUGCUGCUGCUGAUGAUGCUGCUGCUGCUGAUGAUGAUGAUGCUGCUGCUGCUACAGCUGCUGCUGCUGCUACAGCUGCUGCUGCUGCUGAUGAUGAUGAUGCUGAUGAUGAUGAUGCUGCUGCUGCUACAGCUGCUGCUG